UCUUAUAUUAAUCGGCAAGAUAGUUCCGUUCCUUUCUCACCAUCUCUCUCUCUCUCACUCAUCCAGUUCUUGUUCUCUUCACCUCGACGGAGCCUAACUUCUCUGAAUCAACACAGCUUAGAAGAAGAGAUGAGCUUGUAUAAGGAUAUAAUGUGGAACCUUCCAGGAUUCUCCAAGACUGUCAAAGACGAGGAAAAAGAAAAGAGCAUGAGGAGAAUCUUCCAUCUCUUCCCCAAAAGAAAAAGAUCCCUUCGAGUACCCUCCAAGAAAACACUCUCUCCACCUCAUGUCUCCUCCUCAAUACUCCCCAUAAAGAAACGACCUGUUCUCUACACCACCACGCCUCCCAAAUGGAUCCGCCGCUUGAAGAAAGACAUGAACAUAGCCGACGAUCCCAUCCUCAUCGCAGGGAAGCCUCUUGACCUCAACGACGUGGAUCCAGACCUAAACCGUCUCUCUAUCCCUUCCCAGACCCUACAGAGAAACGACUUCUUGACGUCUGACGAGGGGAGGAUUCUCGGAGACGAAGGCGUUGAUAACGAUGGGAGGAUGGGUUUGCCUGCGUUUCUCGUUGAUCAAAGGACUAAACGGUGGAACGUGGUCUUGAAGAAAUGGGUUCGUACGUGUGAUUCAGGGAAAGUCCUCCAGAAUUUUCUGUUGAGUGGUGAUUGGAGUGGCGUCGUUGAGGCUAAUGGGUUGAAAGAAGAGGACAACGUCAGUCUCUGGUUUUUCAGGCUCAAUGGGUUCCUCUUCUUUGCUCUUGACUUGAAGGUGACUCCAUUGACUUCUUAGAGUAAGAAAGGGAGUGUUUUUAGGGUACGAUAGAGUUUGUAACAUAUUACAUACUAGGGUUUAUGUUACAAAACUGGGAUCAUAUAUAGUCUUGUUGGGUCUCUCUUUCAA